GGCUCCACCUCCCUACACCCCUGACAUCGCUGAUGACGGCACAGUGGAGUCGCGCAAUGGAGAGUGCCCAGUUGCUUAUCUAUCUCGACAGCUACUUCCUGCUGAGCGUAACUACACUGCUGACGAGCGUGAGGUCCUCGCGCUGGUUUACGCUGUUAAGAAGUGGCGUCAUCACUUACACCGUCACACAUUCUCUCUCUCCCUCUAUCCCCGCACGUGCCCUCCGCACGUGCGUGACACACAAGGAGUUCCUCUCCAAACUCGUGACGCGGUUGUUGUAUGCUUGCAACUACCAACGGUCAGAGUUGGAGAGACAGUACCAGGACCUGACGCAACAGCAUCAGGAGUUGGCACAGCUCCGCCGCAUAGUGCAGAGCCACGAGGAUGCAACUCGGGCACUCAAUGCCCGAUUGUUGGACCUGGAACAGGCUGUACCAGGACCAACUGCUGGGGCUUCCAGCAGUGCACCCUCUAGCCGCCAACUGGAGGACCGCGUUGACCACGUAGUGGCAAUGCUUGGCGACAUCAGCACCUUCGCUGCGCCGACCACCACCAUCAGCAGUCAGCUGCAUGCAUUGAAGACCGAGGUCCAGCAGCUGCAGACGACGAACACGGAUGGCAAUCCGAAGAUGUAUAAGAUGCCAACUUUCAAUCUGGAGAGGUUCGACGACUACACGCAGCAGGAUCCGGUCCUCUGGUGGGAAGCCUUUACAACGCAACUCAGGAUUCUGCCCAUAGCCAAGCAUGCAUACAUCGGCGCCCUGUUCCUGAACUCAAAGGGCGGAUGCCAGACCUGGUUGAGCCACCUGGCAACCUCCCACGGCGUCGACAUACCAGACUUGAAGGACCAAAUCACAUGGGAGGAACUGACACGGCUGUGGAAGAAGCGGUUCAUCGUCGACGACGCGCCGACACUCACCAUCAACCAUUUGUUCACCAUGUCACAGGGCAACACUGCAACACGUGACUGGCUCACGGAGUGGCAGAAGAUUGCGGAAGUGCCAGACACGAUCAGGAACGCCGGCCCUCUCCCACGCAUCGACGACCUUCUUGAGCGAUUGGGCGGCGCCCAGUUCUUCUCUAAGCUGGAUCUCAAGUCAGGGUACCACCAACUCGAGAUUCGCAAGGAGGAUCGCUACAAGACCACGUUCAAGACACGGUAUGGGCAUUUCGAAUGGCUGGUCAUGCCAUUUGGCCUUACGAAUGCCCCAACCACUUUCCAAGCGGCUAUGAUGACGGAGUUCCGACACAUGCUGGAUCGUUUCGUACUUAUCUACCUCGACGAUAUUCUGGUUUACAGCCGGAGUCUGGACGGGCAUGUGGAACACCUGCGCACCGUUUUGGAGCGGCUACGACAGGCCAAGUACAAAGCAAACCGCGACAAGUGCGAGUUYGCACCGCAGGAGCUGGAGUACUUGGGACACUAUGUGACGCCGCAAGGCAUCCGUCCGCUUGCGGACAAGAUCGAGGCCCUACGAGUAUGGCCCGAGCCCACCAAGACCACGAACGUUCGUUCAUUCAUGGGGUUAGCGGGCUACUAUCAACGAUUCAUCACCGGAUACUCCAGGAUUGCUGCACCUAUGACGAGGUUACUGUCGCCAAAGGUGCCAUUUGUAUUCGAUGACGACGCACGCCGGUCAUUCCAAGCACUUAAGACGGCUAUGCUCAUGGCACCCGUCCUUAGCAUCUAUGACCCCACCCUGCCAACGCGAGUGACUACGGACGCUUCCAGCUAUGACAUUGGGGAGUCUUGGAACAGCACGACGGCGAUGACUGGCACCCUGUGGAGUAUUUAAGUCACAAAGUGCCUCCCAUCAACUCGCUUGAUGAUGCAAGGAAGAAGGAGCUGCUUGCAUUCGCGA